AUGGCGGAGGGUCCGGGAAACGAACUUCAGCAGACCAAAACAGCAAACAGCCCGACAGCCGCAGAGUUGACUGACCCAGGAGGGUCUACACGUGAGGGAAAUGGCUACAUGCCAAUGGCUUCAAUCGUAAACAAUGGCUAUACACCAAUGGCUUCUAUCUUAGACACUGCCUACACUCCUAUGUCACCUAUCGUAGACAACGGUUAUACUCCGAUGGCUUCUCUCCAAAAGGCUUCUGAUGUACCGCCGCCUCUUCCCCCGAAAAUGAACCGUCGUCGUCAGGGAGGACCGUCUCGUCCCUCCGGACAAACUUCAGAAGAACCGCCUGUUGCCCCCGGACAGACUCCGGAAGAUCCGUUUCGACGCUCCGGACAAACUCCAGGGGAUCCGUCUCGUCCGGCCGGACAGACUCCAGGGGACCCGUCGCAUCCCCCCGGACAGACUCCGGCGGCGCGGCUUCUCCUCCCCAAACGGAGAAACGCAAAGAGGGCCGGUGUCUACUGGCUGCGGGAGGAAGACAUCGUCAACCUGCCGCUGAACCCGAUGUACGGCGCGGAUCUAGAUCUGCCGCCAGGACCCGAUGGAAGUGAUCAUGGUCAACAAACAACUCCGAAAGAGGUCGGUGGGCCAUCCCAAGCUGGAGGUCCGGAUGAUGGGAGGAGGCAAGGGGACCAGGCGGCGUCUGGUCCAGCCACACACACGUAUGAGGAUGGAGACGCGUUCGGGAUGCGUCUCGGACCACCUCUGAAGGGAGAUCCUCGCAGCGCCCCGCCUGUCCCCUCCACCCCGAGGCCAGGACGAACCACCGAUGGGGCCCAACCUGUGGCGGCCGCCACACACGUGUAUGAGAAUGGAGAAUCGUUCGGGAUGCGUCUCGGGCCAGCUCUGAAACGAGACGCACCUGCUGUCCCCUCCACCCCGAGGCCAGGAAGACCGACCGGCGGGGCCCAACAAGUGCCGGGCGGGCCAAAUCCGCUAUCAAACCAGCAGGACGUCAUCAACCAGCUGCAACCAAACCCGAUGUACAACUCCAACCAGGCCCCCCAAGCUCUAGGCCCAGCCGAAGAAAACCGCACCAUUUGUGGACGGCUACGUCGUCGCCUGUCACGACGACCACUGAUGUACACUGUCAUGUCUCUGUCACUGGCAUUCGGUACCGCGGUAACACUGGCGAUCGUGGUACCUGUACUCCUGACGCACUUCAACCGCCAACCUGGGAUCCAUGGCUCUCCGACCACAAUCACAGCAGGACCCAACACCGCUGGCAGUACGGCCACAGCAGGACUCAAAACUACUGACAGUGGUGCCUGGCAAGGUUCUGCCUUACUGAUGGGGACUGGCAAGGUGACAUCUGCUGACGUCAUCAAGGUGAGUCCGGUCCAUGGGCGCGGUCCCUCACCCGGCAUCACUGCGGAGAUGGAAGCAGCAGGACCUGCACCAAUCACCAUGCCGGGUUCCACGGGCACUGGAGAAACGUCUGACCAAGCCAGUAGGCCACGCAUCAUCACAUUUGGUGAUGAGCCGGGGGCUGGAAAACUGCGCGGCGGACGCGGAGUUGCAGUUUCCCCCGACAACAAGAUCUGGGUGGCUGAUCGGUCCACAACGCGCCUCAAAGUGUACAACAUGGAAGGCGUUUACCAGUACCAUGGUCAGUUCUCACCAGGGCUAGGGUACUCAUCAAAGAAGCCAUCUGAUGUGUCCAUCGACAAGGAUGGUCAUCUGUGGGUCUUGAUGCUUGGGUACCCUGCCAGCCCUGACUCCGUGGUACAGGUCACCAGGCAUCAGGCAUGGUCACCUCAAAGCCAACUUUGA